GAGGCUAAGCUGCAAUUGGAAUUGCAGCCGAAUAAAAAUGGAGGCUUCAGAUUUAGCUCCAACCAUGAGAAAGAAGCCUAAGCCAGUCAGCAGGGGGAGCGGGGAGAGGCCACAGGCUGGACGAAGGAGCAGGGACAAAGCAGGAGAAGAAGCAGGAGAAGAAGCAGGAGAGAGGGGCAAAGCAGGAUUUAAGGAUUUUUGGGAAAUUAUUGUGGUUUGUAAGCAACUCAAAUGAGCUUUAAACACUUCAAGUCAAUGCGGGAAUCUGUGCAGGCGUUUCCACAUGAGACUUUCCUUAGCCUGCCAUUAUAAAUAGUUGUCAUGUUGUCCCAUCGCAAAAAGAGUGAUUACUAGGCACUUAUUACGAAUGGGUUUCAGAGUCGUCUAAACUCAGUGACAGCAAAGAUGGCUGCCAUUCAAACAUGCAUGUUUACUUAGCAUAGUAUCUACGAUUAAAAACCUCAAUUAUUAUACAGAUGUUGGUGAGGCUACAAAAGCAUCUAUUGCAUAAACUUCUUCAGACGGCUAGUCUGAACUCUCACAGGCAUAAUAUCAGCAAGAAGAGUGGUUUCAAGUAUUAUUCCUUAGCGAUUUCGGUGAGUAUAUCGUUGUCUUUCAACAUAUUGUCAAUAAAAGUAUUUGCCAGAAUUCAUGAAGGUAAAUUUAAAACUUUAAUAGUAUUGGAAUAAGAUGCGAGCAAUUUAUUUCGAUAGUCUAUUGACGCUCAAAUUCAUGCUAAUCAGAGUUCUUAGUCUCCUUUAAAACAUAUAGAGCCUAUUCAAAUUUCCAUUAAGGAGUCUUCCAUUUGUUUUUAAUAAUAUUAUGAAGCGAGUCGUAAAUGUCUAAACCUCUUUUUAUGGUAUAUCAUUCUUAUCAAAUUUCUAACUAUGCUUAAAUCUUUCAUCCAAACUUAGCGGCUGGCAUUGUCAAAGACAAAGAAAUCUCUC